AUGAGGUGGCAGAGGGGUGAAGAGCCCAAGCCGGAGGCGCACCUCCCGGGAGCCGGAAAACACUCGGUGACGGGGAGGGAAGACUCCACGGAGCUGGGGAGACAGGGGCCAGGCCAGACGACGAGGGAAGGGGUGCCCCCUGGGGCAGCCAGGAGGCGCCCGUGUGGCCUCUACCUGCAGGCGGGCGGGACGGGCUGCUCAGCUGCUCCCCAGCGGAAAGGGGCGGGCGGCGGCGGCGCCUCCCCCUGUCCCCCGCCUCCCGCCUCCCGCGCCCAGUCCCUCUCCCGCUCCCUCUCCCGGGCCGCCGCCUCCUCAGCGCCGCGCGCGUCUCCCAUCAGACUCCCCGCCCCCAGUGCAGCGCCGCGCGGGCGGCGGGGCGGCGGCGGGGCGGCGGCGGCCAAAACGAGGCCGGGCCCUUUGGCGCGCGUCGGAGCCUGCGCGGUGCCGAGCCCAUUUAGCGGUGGCACCGAGGCAGCGCUGCCUCGGGGCGAGAAGGCGCCCGGGGCUGAGGCGCCUGAGGGCUGGGCAGGCUCGCGGCCGAUAUUGGGCCGGGUUGCUUCCGGACCCGGGAGACACGGGCAAGGCACGCGGAGUCGCUCGCUGUCCCCGCUGGGAGCGCGCCCCGAAGGCCCUCAUGGCCCCUUACUGCUCCGACGGCAGCUUUUUAUCCAGAGGAAAACGUACACGAUAAACCUUCCCUGGAGAAGGGUUCCCGGCGAUGUCUGGUUGGGACCCGUGACCUCUGAGGCUCCUUGCUAUCCUGCAGUGCUGGGACUGAGAGUCAAGUGGAGUUUGGCAGCUGCUUUCUGGGCCAUCCUAUACACUGGUCGUCUAAGAAGUCAACCUCAUCCAUCUUGCAGUCUGCCAUGUAUCAGCCAUUUGGGGACACUGCCAGCCUCGGAAAACACUAUAAUGUACAGAAAACUGUGCAUUGGACCCCUUGGAGGAUCACUCAUAUUCUGUGUAGAGACACUGCCAGGCUCCAAAAACGUGAAGACGGCACCAAAUCUGUGUGUGUGGCCUGCUGAAGAUGACUCACGGGCACCUCCACAUUCAGGAGAGCCAAGAUGGCUGAGGUUAUAUCCCAUCCCUCACACUGAGAAACAACCAGUGAUUCCUGGGAAUGAAUACGCUGCCACCUUCUGUGUCUUUGUUUUCUGGGGCCCUCUGCCUACUCGCUCCUAAUGGCUUCAAGACCCAGCUAACAGCCACUCUCUUGAGAUAUCUUCCUCUAGUCCAGUGUGCACCUCAG